AUGGAGAUGGUAAAUAAGUUAGCGAUAAUAGCGAUUAUAUUAUUUGAAAUUUCAAGAAUAUUUUCGAUAGAAAAUAACUCUUCAAAAUUUGUAGCGGAGUUAAACGAGUUGUUGGUAGACAAUAAAAUUUCAGACAACUACUGUGAUGAUGAAAGAAUAGGUUGCAGUAGGGGUCAGAUCAACAGGAUUAGAUUAUAUGCUACUGAGCUAUCUGCAUUUCCUGUAGGGAUUACAAUGAUUAAAGAUACAUUAAACAAGUUAACAAUGAUACAAGCAAACCUGAAAGGUAAUAUUCCGAAUGAGCUCUAUGAACUGACUGAAUUGCAAUAUCUGAAUCUGAAAGGAAACAAAUUUGAUGGUAGCUUAAGUAAUAAUAUUAAAAAUUUGAAGAAAUUAUAUUAUCUUGAUUUAAGUGAAUCAAAUUUGUCUGGACCGAUACCUAAUGGUCUAUAUUCAUUGACUGUAUUGAAGUAUCUGUAUCUACAAGGGAACAUGUUUAAUGGUAGUAUAAGUAAUAAUAUUAGAAAUCUGAAUAAUUUAUGGGCUCUUGAUCUAAGUUACUUAAAUCUGUCUGGAUCGAUACCUGAUGGUAUAUAUUCAUUAACUGAAUUACAAAAUCUGAAACUAAGAGAAAACAAAUUUAAUAAUAGUUUAAGUAAUAAUAUUAGAAAUCUGAACAAGUUAUAUAGACUUGAUCUGAGUAACACAAAUAUAUCUGGUGAGAUACCUGAUGGUAUAUAUUCGCUGAAUGAAUUAUUAUAUCUAAAUCUACAAGGAAAUAAUUUUAAUAAUAGUUUAAAUGACAAUAUUAGAAAUCUGAGUGAAUUAUAUUAUCUUGAUUUAAGUAAUUCAAAUAUGUCUGGACCAAUACCUGAUAGUCUAUAUUCAUUGAAUCAAUUGCGAUAUCUGCACCUACAAGAUAACAGAUUUAAUAAUAGUUUAAGUAAUAAUAUUAGAAAUCUGAACAAGUUAUCAUACCUUGAUCUAAGUAACUCAAAUAUAUCUGGUGAGAUACCUGAUGGUAUAUACUCAUUAACUGAAUUACAAUAUCUGAGUCUAGAAGGUAACAAAUUUAGUGGUAGUUUAUCUGAUAAUAUUAGAAAUCUGAAUAAGUUAUAUAGACUUGAUCUGAGUAACCUAAAUUUGUCUGAGUCUAUACCUGAUAGUCUAUAUUCAUUGACUAAAUUGAAGUAUCUGAAUCUAAAAGGUAACAAAUUUAAUAAUAGUUUAAGUAAUAAUAUUAGUAAUCUGAAUAAGUUAUCAUAUCUUGAUCUAAGUAACUCAAAUAUAUCUGGACCAAUACCUGAUGGUAUAUAUUCGCUGAAUGAAUUAUUAUGUCUAAAUCUAAAAGGGAACAUGUUUAAUAAUAGUUUGAAUGAUAAUAUUAGAAAUAUGAAUAAGUUAUCAUACCUUGAUCUAAGUAACUCAAAUAUAUCUGGUGAGAUACCUGAUGGUAUAUAUUCAUUGACUAAGUUGAAGUACCUGAAUCUAAAAGGAAACAAAUUUAAUAAUAGUUUAAAUAAUAAUAUUAGAAAUCUGAGUGAAUUAUAUUAUCUUGAUUUAAAUGGAUUAAAUAUGUCUGGUAAGAUACCUGACAGUCUGUACUCGCUGACCAAAUUGCAAAAUCUGCAUUUGGGAGGUAACAGAUUUAAUAAUAGCUUAAAUGAUAAUAUUAGUAAUCUGAAUAAGUUAUCAUAUCUUGAUCUAAGUAACUCAAAUAUAUCUGGUGAGAUACCUGAUGGUAUAUAUUCAUUAACUGAAUUACAAUAUCUAAAUCUAAAAGGGAACAUGUUUAAUAAUAGUUUGAAUGAUGAUAUUAGUAAUCUGAAUAAGUUAUCAUAUCUUGAUCUAAGUAACUCAAAUAUAUCUGGACCAAUACCUGAUGGUAUAUAUUCAUUGACUGAAUUGCAACACCUCUAUCUACAAGAUAACAAAUUUAAUAAUAGUUUGAAUGAUAAUAUUAGUAAUCUGAAUAAGUUAUCAUAUCUUGAUCUAAGUAACUCAAAUAUAUCUGGUGAGAUACCUGAUGGUAUAUAUUCAUUAACUGAAUUACAAUAUCUAAAUCUAAAAGGGAACAUGUUUAAUAAUAGUUUAAAUGACAAUAUUAGAAAUAUGAACAAGUUAUCAUACCUUGAUCUAAGUAACUCAAAUAUAUCUGGUGAGAUACCUGAUGGUCUAUAUUUAUUGACUGAACUACAACAUCUGAGUCUAGAAGGUAACAAAUUUAGUGGUAGUUUAUCUGAUAAUAUUAGAAAUCUGAAUAAGUUAUCAUAUCUUGAUCUAAGUAACUCAAAUAUAUCUGGUGAGAUACCUGAUGGUCUAUAUUUAUUGACUAAAUUGCGAUACCUGUACCUACAAGACAACAAAUUUAAUAAUAGUUUGAAUGAUAAUAUUAGUAAUCUGAAUAAGUUAUCAUAUCUUGAUCUAAGUAACUCAAAUAUAUCUGGACCAAUACCUGAUAGUCUAUAUUCAUUAACUGAAUUGCAACACCUCUAUCUACAAGAUAACAAAUUUAGUGGUAGUUUAUCUGAUAAUAUUAGUAAUCUGAAUAAGUUAUCAUAUCUUGAUCUAAGUAACUCAAAUAUAUCUGGUGAGAUACCUGAUGGUAUAUAUUCAUUAACUGAAUUACAAUAUCUAAAUCUACAAAACAACAAAUUUAAUAAUAGUUUAAAUAAUAACAUCAGAAAUCUGAAUAAUUUAUAUCGUCUUGAUCUAAGUAACUCAAAUAUAUCUGGACAAAUACCUGAUAGUCUAUAUUCAUUAACUGAAUUGCGAUACCUGAAUCUAAGAAAUAACAAAUUUAGUGGUAGUUUAUCUGAUAAUAUUAGUAAUCUGAAUAAGUUAUCAUAUCUUGAUCUAAGUAACACAAAUAUAUCUGGACAAAUACCUGAUAGUCUAUAUUCAUUAACUGAAUUGCGAUACCUGUACCUACAAAAUAACAAAUUUAGUGAUAGUCUAAAUGACAAUAUCAGAAAUCUGAAUAAGUUAUCAUAUCUUGAUCUAAGUAACUCAAAUAUAUCUGGUGAGAUACCUGAUAGUCUAUAUUCAUUGACUGAAUUGCGAUACCUGUAUCUACAAAAUAACAGAUUUAAUAAUAGUUUGAAUGAUAAUAUUAGUAAUCUGAAUAAGUUAUCAUAUCUUGAUCUAAGUAACUCAAAUAUAUCUGGACCAAUACCUGAUAGUCUAUAUUCAUUAACUGAAUUGCAACACCUCUAUCUACAAGAUAACAAAUUUAGUGGUAGUUUAUCUGAUAAUAUUAGUAAUCUGAAUAAGUUAUCAUAUCUUGAUUUAAGUAACUCAAAUAUAUCUGGUGAGAUACCUGAUAGUCUAUAUUCAUUGACUGAAUUGCGAUACCUGUAUCUACAAAAUAACAGAUUUAAUAAUAGUUUGAAUGAUAAUAUUAGUAAUCUGAAUAAGUUAUCAUAUCUUGAUCUAAGUAACUCAAAUAUAUCUGGUGAGAUACCUGAUGGUAUAUAUUCAUUAACUGAAUUGCGAUACCUGGAUCUAAGAAAUAACAAAUUUAGUGGUAGUUUAUCUGAUAAUAUCAGAAAUCUGAAUAAGUUAUCAUAUCUUGAUCUAAGUAAUUCAAAUAUAUCUGGACCAAUACCUGAUGGUAUAUACUCAUUAACUGAAUUAAAAUAUAUGAAAUUAGGAGAUAACAAAUUUAGUGGUAGUUUAUCUGAUAAUAUUAGAAAUCUGAAUAAAUUACAGAUACUUGAUCUAAGUAACUCAAAUAUAUCUGGACCAAUACCUGAUGGUAUAUAUUCAUUGACUGAAUUGCGAUACCUGUACCUACAAAAUAACAAAUUUAAUAAUAGUUUGAAUGAUAAUAUUAGUAAUCUGAAUAAGUUAUCAUAUCUUGAUUUAAAUAACUCAAAUAUAUCUGGACCAAUACCUGAUAGUCUAUAUUUAUUGACUGAAUUACAAUAUCUGAGUCUAGAAGGUAACAAAUUUAGUGGUAGUUUAUCUGAUAAUAUUAGAAAUCUGAAUAAGUUACGUCAUCUUGAUUUAAGUAACACAAAUAUAUCUGGACCAAUACCUGAUAGUCUAUAUUCAUUAACUGAAUUACAAUAUCUAAAUCUAAAAGGGAACAUGUUUAAUAAUAGUUUGAAUGAUAAUAUUAGUAAUCUGAAUAAGUUAUCAUAUCUUGAUCUAAGUAACUCAAAUAUAUCUGGACCAAUACCUGAUAGUCUAUAUUCAUUAACUGAAUUGCAACACCUCUAUCUACAAGAUAACAAAUUUAAUAAUAGUUUGAAUGAUAAUAUUAGUAAUCUGAAUAAGUUAUCAUAUCUUGAUCUAAGUAACUCAAAUAUACUUGGACCAAUACCUGAUGGUAUAUACUCAUUAACUGAAUUAAAAUAUAUGAAAUUAGGAGAUAACAAAUUUAGUGGUAGUUUAUCUGAUAAUAUUAGAAAUCUGAAUAAAUUACAGAUACUUGAUCUAAGUAACUCAAAUAUAUCUGGACCAAUACCUGAUAGUCUAUAUUUAUUGACUGAAUUACAAUAUCUGAGUCUAGAAGGUAACAAAUUUAGUGGUAGUUUAUCUGAUAAUAUUAGAAAUCUGAAUAAGUUAUCAUAUCUUGAUCUAAGUAACUCAAAUAUAUCUGGUGAGAUACCUGAUGGUAUAUAUUCAUUAACUGAAUUACAAUAUCUAAAUCUAAAAGGGAACAUGUUUAAUAAUAGUUUGAAUGAUAAUAUUAGAAAUCUGAAUAAGUUAUCAUAUCUUGAUCUAAGUAACUCAAAUAUAUCUGGACCAAUACCUGAUAGUCUAUAUUCAUUAACUGAAUUGCAACACCUCUAUCUACAAGAUAACAAAUUUAAUAAUAGUUUGAAUGAUAAUAUUAGUAAUCUGAAUAAGUUAUCAUAUCUUGAUCUAAGUAACCCAAGUAUAUCUGGUGAGAUACCUGAUAGUCUAUAUUUAUUGACUGAACUACAAUAUCUGAAUCUACAAGGUAACAAAUUUAAUAAUAGCUUAAAUAAUAAUAUUAGAAAUCUGAACAACUUACGUCAUCUUGAUCUAAGUAACUCAAAUAUAUCUGGACCAAUACCUGAUAGUAUAUACUCAUUAACUGAAUUGCGAUAUUUGAAUCUAAGAAAUAACAAAUUUAGUGGUAGUUUAUCUGAUAAUAUUAGUAAUCUGAAUAAGUUAUCAUAUCUUGAUCUAAGUAACUCAAAUAUAUCUGGACAAAUACCUGAUAGUCUAUAUUCAUUAACUGAAUUGCGAUACCUGAAUCUAAGAAAUAACAAAUUUAAUAAUAGUUUAAGUAAUAAUAUUAGAAAUCUGAAUAAAUUACAGAUACUUGAUCUAAGUAGCUCAAAUAUACCUGGACCAAUACCUGAUGGUAUAUAUUCAUUAACUGAAUUACAAUAUCUGGAUCUACAAUGGAACAGACUUAGUAGUAGUUUAAAUGAUAAUAUUAGAAAUCUGAAUAAGUUAUCAUAUGUAAAUUUAAGUAACACAAAUAUAUUUGGACCGAUACCUGAUGGUCUAUAUUCAUUAACUGAAUUACAAUAUCUGAAUCUACAAGGAAAUAAUUUUAAUAAUAGUUUGAAUGAUAGUAUUAGAAAUCUGAAUAAGCUAUAUAGACUUGAUCUAAGUAACUCAAAUAUAUCUGGACCAAUACCUGAUGGUAUAUAUUCAUUAACUGAAUUACAAUAUCUGGAUCUAAGAAAUAACAAAUUUAGUGAUAGUUUGAAUGAUAAUAUUAGUAAUCUGAAUAAAUUACAGAUACUUGAUAUAAGUAACUCAAAUAUACUUGGACCAAUACCUGAUGGUAUAUACUCAUUAACUGAAUUGCGAUACCUGAAGCUACAAGAUAACAAAUUUAGUGGUAGUUUAUCUGAUAAUAUCAGAAAUCUGAAUAAGUUAUCAUAUCUUGAUCUAAGUAACUCAAAUAUAUCUGGUGAGAUACCUGAUAGUCUAUAUUCAUUGACUGAAUUGCGAUACCUGUAUCUACAAAAUAACAGAUUUAAUAAUAGUUUGAAUGAUAAUAUUAGUAAUCUGAAUAAGUUAUCAUAUCUUGAUUUAAAUAACUCAAAUAUAUCUGGACCAAUACCUGAUAGUCUAUAUUCAUUAACUGAAUUACAAUAUCUAAAUCUACAAGGAAAUAAUUUUAAUAAUAGUUUGAAUGAUAAUAUUGGUAAUCUGAAUAAAUUACAGAUACUUGAUAUAAGUAACUCAAAUAUAUCUGGACAAAUACCUGAUGGUAUAUAUUUAUUGACUGAAUUACAAUAUCUGAGUCUAGAAGGUAACAAAUUUAGUGGUAGUUUAUCUGAUAAUAUUAGAAAUCUGAAUAAGUUACGUCAUCUUGAUUUAAGUAACACAAAUAUAUCUGGUGAGAUACCUGAUGGUAUAUGUUCAUUGACUAAACUGCAACACCUGAAUCUACAAAACAACAAAUUUAAUAAUAGUUUAAAUAAUAACAUCAGAAAUCUGAAUAAUUUAUAUCGUCUUGAUCUAAGUAACUCAAAUAUAUCUGGACCAAUACCUGAUAGUCUAUAUUCAUUAACUGAAUUGCGAUACCUGAAGCUACAAAAUAACAAAUUUAAUAACAGUUUAAAUAAUAAUAUUAGAAAUCUGAACAACUUACGUCAUCUUGAUCUAAGUAACUCAAAUAUAUCUGGACCAAUACCUGAUAGUAUAUAUUCAUUAACUAAAUUGGAAUAUCUGGAUCUUACGGGUAACAGUAUUGAUGGUAUUUUAUCAUCUAGAAUUGGUAAUAUGAUUAUGUUAACUACUCUAAACCUGAGUUUCAAUCAAUUGAGUGGAACUAUACCAAAUGAAAUCAGUAAUUUAACCAAUCUCAUAGCUUUGCAAAUGAGAGAGAAUGAAUUUGAAGGUAACAUUCCUGACCUGAGUCCUCUAAGAUAUUUGGUAACCAUGAAUAUUAGCUCAACAAAACAUACCUUGAAUGCAAAUUGUAAUGAUAAAAUGUUGCCUCCAUAUAUUGAUAAGAACAAAUGUUUCAUUGCACCUGUGAAUAGAUUGUGCAAUAAUAUUAUAAAAUGUGAAUACGGUAACAAGCUUAGAGGUAAAUCGUUAGUUGGUUCAAUGUUCUAUAUAUAUAGACCGAAAAUAAUUAUUAUGAUGGUAGUGUGUAGAGGUGCAAUAGAAAUGAUAUGA